UGGAGAAACAGAAACGUUUCGCUAUUGUGCUUUCAUUAAAGAUGGCAACGUUAUGCACUGCCGGCAGCGCCGACAGUACGUGAUUUCUGAAAUCAAAUUUUGUCUGGUUUGAAGCAAUUAAAGGCGUAUGCUACCAUCUUCUUGAUAAUACUCAUAUACUUAGGAAAGGAGUAACCAGUUAAUAUGUGUUUUUUAAAACAAUGAGACAUUUAAAAAAAGAGGAAAGAGUUGCUCAUCUCCUAGCCAUAUUAAAAUCACUUGAAUUAUUUAUCGAUUGAAGAGGAAGAAAUAGCAUGAAUAAAUUGAAUAAAUGAUAAUGUUGUUGUCAUGGGGUGGAAGCCGUAUCCCUUCCUAUCCCAGAAUGUUUAAAUUACUCAUUUGUUUAAUGAAUGGCUGAGAAAGAUGGAGAAAACCCUAAUCAAAAGUAUUUAAUGGAUCAUUCAGAAAAUGUGGACUUAACAGAAAAAUCAGAAGAAUUUAAAAAACUUGUUGAAUAUGGUUUGAACCCUAAGGUUGUAACAAAAUUAGAAGAAAUUUUCAGAACAGGUAAAUUAUGUUACAGUGAUCUAGAUGAGAGAGCCCUUGAUGCUAUAAAAGAAUUUCCUGUGGAUGGUGCUUUUACAGUCCUAAAACAAUUUUUGGAUAGCAGUUUAGAACACGUUUCUAACAAAAGUGCGUUUCUUUGUGGUGUUAUGAAAACUUAUCGUCAAAAAAUGAAAGUUCCUUCAAAUACAAGUUCUGGGACUACUAAGGGACCCGAUGAGGAGAAAAUUAAGGCUAUUUUAGAUAGAACUGGAUAUACACUUGAUGUCACAACUGGCCAAAGAAAAUAUGGUGGCCCACCUCCUGGUUGGACCGGUCCACCACCUGGCAGUGGUUGUGAAAUAUUUGUUGGAAAAAUUCCAAAAGAUAUUUUUGAAGAUGAGCUUAUUCCACUUUUCGAAAAAUGUGGACCACUAUGGGAUCUGCGUCUCAUGAUGGAUCCCUUGACUGGCCAAAAUCGUGGUUAUGCAUUCAUAACUUUUAAAAACAAAAAUGGUGCACAAAAUGCAGUUAAACAGUUGGAUAAUUAUGAAAUAAGGAAAGGUAAAUUUAUUGGUGUUACUGUGUCUAUAAAUAAUCAUAGAUUAUUUGUCGGAAACAUUCCAAAAAAUAGAGGAAAAGAUGAGCUCUUUGAAGAAUUUACCAAACAUGCCCCUGGUUUGACAGAAGUUAUAAUUUAUAGUUCACCAGAUGAUAAGAAAAAAAAUAGAGGAUUCUGUUUUUUGGAAUAUGAUUCUCAUAAAGCUGCAUCAUUAGCUAAAAGAAGAUUAAGUACGGGGCGUAUCAAAGUGUGGGGAUGCGAUAUCAUUGUUGAUUGGGCUGAUCCCCAAGAAGAACCAGAUGAAGAAACUAUGUCUAAAGUUAAAGUUUUAUAUGCUAGAAAUUUAACUGCUGAUGUUACUGAAGAAAAAUUAAAAGAAAUGUUUGAAGCUUAUGGAAAAGUUGAAAGAGUAAAAAAAAUCAAAGACUAUGCUUUCAUCCAUUUCGAUGACAGAGAUCAUGCUGUCAAAGCUAUGAAUUCUCUUAAUGGAAAAGAAGUUGGUGGUGCCCCUAUGCAAGUCUCUCUCGCCAAACCCCCAUCAGACAAAAAGAAGAAAGAAGAAAUUUUGCGUAAUCGUGAAAGACGAAUGAUGCAGAUGAUGCAACAGCGAGCUAUGAUGAUGGGUAUCCCUCCUCCUCCACCUCGUGGCAGAGGAGCUAGGUUACCAUUGCCUGCAGCUCGCACUUAUGAUUAUGACUACGACUACUACGGGUAUGGUGACUAUCAGGGAGGCUACGCCGCCGACCCCUACUACGAUGAUUAUUAUGGCGGCCGCUAUGACGACUAUUAUGACUAUGGAUAUGGAGCAGCACCCCGUCCCAGGGAACCGGUCGGCCGAGCCCGCGCUGGACCUGAGAGGGCUCGGGCUGGCCGUGGUAUUCCCCGUGGCCGCGGCGCUGGCCCCCCAACUCCUCGUGGCAGAGUUCCAGUCCCUCCGCCCCUCGGCCGAGGUACCCGUGGAGUGUCCCGUGGAAUACCUGGUCCCAUCCCGGUUCACCUUCAUGGGGCCAUCCCCAGGGGAAGCCUGGUCGGUAAGCGGAAAUUUGACACGGCGAGCCACCAAAACCAAGGGGACUCAAAGCGCCGCUUCCAGAAUAGUGGGGCUGGGCAGUGGGGCAGCCACCCCAUUCCCCAGCAACCUCUGAACUCCACUGGAUACAAUGGCUAUCGUAACAGGACAGCGGGGAAUCCCACACAUUGGUACCAGGACUCAUAUGGCCAGCAGUGGGGCUAAUUUAAUUGACUUAAACAAACAAAAAAAAAAUUCAUCACAAACUCUAAUACUGUUUUUUAUACUUGACUUUUGAUUGACUGUUUUGAGAAGCCAAACAGCAUUUUUCAUUGAAGAGGAAGUGUCCUUGUUUUAAAGGGGGGAGGGGAGCAAUCUUCCUAGUACACAUGUUAGAUGAUGGUAUUACUGCUUUUGGUGGAUGUGUUUUUGCCUGUUAUUCCUGCCCAGACCUCUUCUCUUUUGUGAUGUACAAAAUUGCAGUUGUUACAAUGCCAGAAAAUUAGACAUGGCUGAUAGUAAUUAAUGUAAUUUGCAUGAAAAAUUGUAUACAGCUUUUAAUCUUGUGCGUUUUGCAGCAUCCUUCGUGUUUACCUGUUGACAUAUUAUUGAAAGAAUAUUGUUUGUAUGACUAGUUGAUUCUCAGAGUUAGGAGUUGUUAAGUUUAUGGAUAUAUGCUUUUUAGCUGUUCAUAUUUUUCUUUUUAUAUUCAUUUUUCCUUUCUUGGUAAGUCAUAAAAUUACUUUUUACUGUUUUUAUUUUAGUGUAUUAAAAAAAAAAUACUGUUGUGAUUAUUCUGAAAAAGGUUUUAUUCAAAGCAUUGUUUUUUUGUUGCAGCUUUUGAGAAUGUGUGCUUCAGUGUAUUUUGCUAAUAGUUUUUAUGUUGCUGUAAUUUUUUGUAUGUUUUUGCUCUUUAAGGGUGUGAUAUAAUUGGUCUUCAUGAGGCAAACCAGCAUCACUGCCAGUUACUGUGAUAGCUUAUUUGGGAAUGCAAUAGCUACCAAAUAUGAGUGUCAAUAACUCUGAAAAUUUGAAAAUGUACUCAUAAUUUGUUUUAAUUUCACAAAUUAAAUUAGAAUUAAAAUGUGGUAUUAGAAGAAUUAAAUGGCUAUUACUUUGUUUUCCAAAUUGUUAAAAUAGUGUAGAAUUGCCCAAAUAAAUAGGACAACUAGUUGGGGAAGCUGAUUUUUUUUUUUUUUUUUUUUUUAAAUCAGAGAAUUAUAAAGGCAUAUGUUCCCCCUUUUUGUUUCUGGAUAUCUCUGAAUUAUUUUUCUUCUGAAGCAAACUGAACAGUAUUCAUGCAGAAUAAUUUUGUGCAAAGAAGAGUGUGGUUAUCAAAAUACUUAUGUAUAAAAAAGGAAAAGUUAGCUGGGUACGAAACCAUUACCUGAGCUUAUAAGUUUUUCUAUUUUCAUUGUAACAAUGCUCAGAAUUUUGAUAAAUUAUAUUUAUAAUUUUUUUUUUUUUACACAUUGUCAGAGUAACUAAUCAUGAAGCACCUCAUUUUAAAAAGUGAAAAUAUGUAGCAAAAUUUCAUUAUCAGUGUCAUAAAAUUAAAUAUUUCAGACUCUCAACUGCUAGAAUGAUUUUAUUUCCAAAGUGGGAGCUUCUAAGCAAUAUUUCUGAAUUAUUAAGUAAUUCAUAGUCAAUUUUCCUGCUGAAGCAAACAUUUUCACAAUGAUUGUUCUUGAAGUUGACAGAAUGAACCUUUUCUGAUAUGUGUAGUUCUUGUAUUGGGCAUUGAGCAAGUGUCAGUUGCUUUUAUAUUUGUGUGUUUUAAAUACAUAAAAUAUUAUACUCUUUGUUCAUGCUUACAGUGAAAAAUUAAUUUUUAAGAUGUUAAAUACUUUCAUGAUUUUGAAUUUAUGCUAAAUGAGAGCCACACAAGGUUUGCAUUUUGGUAUCUUCAGUAUGUAGAUUAUUUUCAUAUGCUACUGAAAGGAAUAGAAAAUGCUCACAUUAAAGAUGCUCCAGAAAAAUUUUUACCGUGAGAAAUUAGACAUGAGAUUUUUUUAAUGGUUUUUGAGUUCUUCUCAUUUAGUAAUUACCUUUAUUUUUUUUUAAAAAGUUUUCAUCAGAAUAGCAGCAGAGUUUUUGAGAAUUAAUCCAGUUAAAUUUCCAAAUGGGCUAGAUUUCUUAAUUUGGUUUAAAAUGCAAAGGAGAUGCUGAAAAAGUUGAGUGUUACAAAAGUUUUGAAAAAACUUGCAACAAUCAUUUUCAUUAUACCAUCAUUUAGAAAGAUUCUGUGAAUUGUUCUUGCUUCUAUAAAGAAAUUAUUCGUGUUGGAUUAUGGAUGAUAUUGGACUAUGCAUUUAAUGUAAAAGUAAUUCAUUUGUAAAUGCUUUAUAUAAUUUUUUGUAAAUAAUCUCAUGUUUAAUUUAUUUGAAACCUUAUUGGAAAACUAAUUAUAAUAAUGAAUUAACUUCUUUCACUGCAGUUUUUGAUGGAAUUUUGGAAGCAGCUAAUUCAUUAUAAGAGCAGAGGUUGACUAAAGUAUUUUUUGGAUGAGCCAUUUUGAUAUCUGAGUAUUGAAAUUUUGUAUCGACAUAAAAUUAAUCGUGUUUUAAGCUUGCAUUUGGCAACAAGUAAAUAUUUCCAGAAUAAAGUGAAAUUUGGACAUCCUACCCAUUCAAUUUUUUAAGUUCUUGCAUUAGUUAGUUAAAUGGAAAUGGUCUUGGUUAAUGCCUAAGAGAAGAAAAAUGCUUUUGUAAAUGUUUUAUGUGAUUAAGGGAAACAAAUUUGAGCUUUGUGUACAAAUCAGAUUUAAGAUAUUGUAUCUCCUGGGAGUAGUUGUUAGGUUUACAAUAUAUUUUAAAAAUAUUAAAGAAUGUGAUUAGCGAUAGUUGAUGUUAGUGCUGUUAAUUCCCGGUACAAUUACUGGUGUUUUUCCCUACUUUUUAGCUUUGUACAUGUUAUUGAUAAUGAAAUGCUCUUCAUUUAAAAUGAAUUGACAUGUAUUAUGUUAGAUAUCAUACUAUUGUUGCUAAAAAAUAUAUGCUGCAGCAUUAUUUUGUAUUAUGGUGAUUUAGAAUUUUAUUACUAUUUCAAACUUAUAUCAUGUUUAUUAACAGUGUUUACAAAGCACAACUUUUGUGCAAUUGACUUUAAAUUGUGUCAUUGACAUUAAUUUUCAUGUGGUAGUUAGUAGUUGUGAUUAUCUUAACAGUGUCAAAAUGUAAACAGUUAAUGCAUUAAAAUAUGCAUUAUUGAAGAAACUUUUCAAAUUGAAGAGCUCAUUAGGAAUUUCAAAUUUCCUAAAAAUGGACAUUGAUAAUUGUUGUUUAACUUAUUGCAAUGUGCAGAUAUUAUUGCUUUAGUAUGCAAUACUGUCCUAUUGAGCAGCUGUGACACAUUAAAUUAUAUCGAGACCAUAUAAACACUCAACAGUGACAUGUAAAUUAUGUAUCAGAUGAGUGUCGAGCUAUUGAAGAUUAAAGCUCUACCUGAAAUCGUUUGUAGAAAUCUACAUUAAAAAAUAGUGUCUUCCUAAAGGCUUGGCACUAUGAAUAAUUUUGUGCUAUGCUUUAAAAAUGAUCUACGACAGUACUCACUAGUUUGUCUAUAAAAAGCCAAGCAACAUUAGAUAUUGAAAACAAAAAGAAAAUUGAUUUGGAUGAUGUUAUUGAUUGGGAAAAAAAAAAACAUGCAUUUGGUUUUAGUUUGAACAUGGUAAAGUAUCAUCUCAUGAUCUAGUUCAUAUGCUUUCCGUCAGAUAGUAUUGAGGGUUAUGUAAUCUGUUUCCACUAAUCAUGACUGAAUUUUUAAAUGGUUUCAAAAACAAUUUAGCUGAUAUUUUCCAGGAAGUGGUAUCACUUGUUAAUAGGCAAUUAAAUUUAAUAUUCUUUUUUCAAUAUUUCAUCAUGCAAAACGAGAGGUUUAGGUUUCACUUCAAGUUUGUUUUGUAGAUUUUAUCUAAGCCUCUCUGUAUUUAUACGUGACAGUUUCUUGCCCACCAAUUUUAUAUGUAUAUAUUUAAAAAUGAAAUGUUGAAGUAUAUUUAGUCACCUUUUUUUAUAAAAAUAUGGAGAUUUAAAUCUUCUAAUGGUGCAGUUAUUAGUAUUCAUUUUAUAUAAUGUGUUAAUAAUUGUGGGUUUUGUCCAUGUUUUUUGGAUCAUUUAAUAUACAAGAUUUGUGACUUUUUAGCACUUACACACAUCCAAAUAAGACUGCAUAUCUUUUGUAAGAUCAAAAGUUUGUUUUUUAUAUCUAAUAGCUGAAAGGAGUACAUACUAAGAGAAUAAAAAUGAGAGAUAACUUAAAAUAUAUGUUAAGAGCGAUAUUUUGUUAUCCAGUAUCUAAAACGAAAUUCUGAAGUCAAAUUUUCUGUAAUAUACCGUUGCAGAAAAUAGGCUGAAUUUGUUACGAAAAGUGCAGUACUAAUGACUGUGCUGAUUUUAUUUUAAUUUUCCUGAUAAUGGCAGCUGAUAAACUACAUUUAUGAAUGACAUUUUGUCUUCACUUCCAUGUUGACAGACUAUAUAUACAAGAAAGCAGACCAGAAUUAACAAGGCUUUAGGUUUGUGAAUAAUUGUUUUCGCACAGGCACCUAAGACAUGCUGUAUUUAGGUUUUGUCUGCACUUGUAAAAAAAAUAAAUAUCAAGUAAUGGAAUUUACUCUGCUUGAUCAAAUUACUGUUCUAUUGCUUAUUUGCGACUGAUUUCAUCAUAAAUGUGCAAUGACAUUUGAUCUUCUGGAGACCCAAUAUCUGGACUAUGAUUAUUUACCGUAACAUAUGGAAAUUUAAAUGACCAGACUACAGAGAUUCAUGUUCAAGCAUUAAGUGACAUAAUCUUUUCUCUCUUGUAUUGGACUCAAUUUUAUUGCAAGAGUUGAAGAAUUACCAAACCAAAUGUAAAAUCUGAAUGUUUGGAAAUUAAUGAUGAAUUUGUGUUUUUAGGUGUAACUCUUUUAAGAGACAAAUUUAAAUAACGAAAAAUGUAUGGAGAAAAAGGUUUUUGUGUUAAAUUCUUAAUGUUGUAUUAAAUAGAAUUGUGUAGUACCCGUUUGAAGCAUGUUAAAAAUUUCAGAAAUUUUAAACUGGCACUAAAUAUGCUUGUGUAUUUUUUGUUUUUUUGAUUAAAUGAAAAAUUUUACAUGUGUCAUCAUGUAAAAGAAAACAAAUUUAAUCAUAUAUUUGUAAUUCAAUUACUCAACCUUUUUCUCCAUUAAUAGUAUCUUUAAAUAUACAUUCUGUGUUAUAUGAAUUUUUCAACCAUGUAGUAUCUUUAAUCUUCUUGUCAUUAUUAUAAUAUAUGGUUUUAUUGUUAAUAUUUUGGCUUUCGUAAAUUAUGCUUUAAUGGUGGCAGUACAUAUUGUUAGUUAAAUUAUCAUUGUUGUGUGAAUUAAAAAUAGCCAAGAAAUUCUUAACUCCCUUUUCAAGUUAAAUGUGUGGUUUUGUGGUGUAAAAUUUUUGAACUAAAAUCUGAUUACUAGAUUGUUGUAUGUUUUUAUAAAUGCUUGUAUAAUCUUAUAUGCAUGUAUAAGCUUUGAAAACAAUAUCAAAAUGCACUAAGAGAAUUAGUUAAUGGUCGUCAUUAGGUACCAUUUAUGGUGAAAAUGAUUGCCAUUAAGGCACUGAUUUUUAUUUCUUGGUGUGCUUAAAAUUUGUCCCAUGGUGUUUGUGCACAUAAUUUGAAAGUACUGGAGAUUAGUUAUAAUUUAGAUUGAAUUUUGGCUCAGCAUUUUCAAAUAUCUUAAAAUCAUCAUAUUAGUAUUUUGUUAUGUUUAUUAAUUUUGACGUGUGAUUUUAUGUAAAAUGAUGUAAAACUGGAUUUUAUUUAGUACAUUUAUUCAAUUACAUUACUGCUAAUAUGGUGGUUAUGUAUGGUAACAGGUUGUUUUAUAUACAAAAUCAGCUUAAUAUUUACUGUCUGUAUUUUUUGUUGGAAAAUCAUGUAUGAAAUUUAUGUGUUUGAUUGUAUCAACAAAUUGUGUAGAAAUUUUUAUUAACUUCUGAAUAUAAAUAAUCAAAAGUAUAUAGAUAAAACUACCUGCUUUUAAGAUAUGGAAUUUGAACUAGUUAUAGUUAGCAAGAUCUUUGAUCCAUUUGCAGAUACUUUCUUUUAUGCAUGUGCAAUUUCAUUUGGCUGUUACUUGUUCUUGGGCAAGUAUUUCUUUUCUGAGUACUGAUCAGUGGGUUAUGUAUGCUGUAUGGAGCAACUUUGGAUGAACACAUUUUAAAACCUUUCUGAGAAAUUGUUUUUUGUAAACAACUGUUCAAAAGUGUUUUAAAAAAAAAAAGAUGCGCUCUUUGCAUUGUGGAAUGUUUUUCAAAUCGUUUCACUUUAUUUUUUAUAGUUUUCUAGUCCUGCAUUCGCCAGCUUUUCUCUUAUAGCUGUUGUAUUCUGGCAAUAUUUUGAAAUGGGGAAAAAAAUUGUUUUCUAAUGUUAUUAUAACUUUUUUGAACUGUGUUUGAUUCCCCCUGAUCUGGUGGCUAUGCCCUUAUGUGAAAAUAAAUAAUCUUGUAAAACUUGUCUGGAAUAAACCAGCUUGGUUUUAAUUGUUGAAAUUUAUUAAACAAUUUUACAUUAA